GUUUAUUCGAAUGCUUUCCUGUUUCUGAACACACACUCUUUAUAUUCUUACUUGCCCCCAAUUGGUAUAUCUUUCCCGUUUCCAAACCCUGACUAGUCAAGGCACACCAUCCCAUCGGCCAUCGCCAAAGAGGUCGCGGAUAGGGUUAUUACCUCCACUUUUAGCAGAUUUCGAUUCGGUCUACGGGUCAAGGCACACCAUCCCAUCGGCCAUCGCCAAAGAGGUCGCGGAUAGGGUUAUUACCUCCACUUUUAGCAGAUUUCGAUUCGGUCUACGGGAGUUCACAAUGUCACGGAGAUAUGAUAGCCGUACAACAAUCUUCUCUCCAGAAGGCCGUCUGUGCCAGGUGGAAUACGCAAUGGAGGCAAUUGGAAAUGCCGGGAGUGCCAUAGGCAUAUUAUCAAAAGACGGGGUCGUUUUGGUCGGCGAAAAAAGGGUCACUUCCAAGCUUCUCCAAACCUCCACCUCCACCGAGAAGAUGUACAAGAUCGACGACCAUGUGGCGUGCGCUGUUGCAGGAAUCAUGUCAGACGCCAACAUCCUCAUCAACACAGCCAGGGUCCAGGCCCAGCGGUACACUUACGCUUACCAAGAACCGAUGCCCGUGGAACAACUGGUCCAGUCACUGUGUGACACCAAACAAGGGUACACCCAGUUUGGAGGGCUGCGUCCUUUCGGGGUGUCCUUCCUCUUCGCAGGGUGGGACAAGAACUACGGGUUCCAGAUGUACAUGAGCGACCCAAGUGGGAACUACGGUGGGUGGAAGGCUGCUGCGAUUGGGGCAAACAAUCAGGCCGCGCAGUCCAUGCUGAAACAGGACUACAAGGACGAGAUCACGAGGGAGGAGGCUGUUCAGCUUGCCCUUAAGGUCCUUAGCAAGACGAUGGAUAGCACGAGUCUGACCUCCGAGAAGCUCGAACUGGCUGAGGUGUUCCUCUGCAAGGACAAAGUUAAGUACCUGGUUCACUCACCAGAGUCUUUGAAUAAGUUGCUUGUGACGCUUGGCUUGACCCAACCCACUUCGGAGGAGGAGACCUAAACCUCUGCUUCUUCUUCUUCUUCUUCUUCUAUUUCCUCUGUUUACUGCUCUAUAAUAUAUUCUGGACUUUGAU